AUGACCGGAAAGCUGACUCUCCACAAGUCACCCAAGCGCAAAUGCGAUGAGACAGACUACCAACGAAGGACUGUUUCGACGUUUCCUUCUUCGUCUAAAACAACAGCCACCAGUGUGAGGGACCUUGCUGAUGAUCAUAGCCCCGACAUCGGGAACAGUCCCCCGAUCUCUGUAGCUGCAGAGCUGGACGAGCUUGACUUACAUUUGACUUCUAGUCAUGGUCUUGAACACACAAUCCUAGAUUUAACACAGGACAAGAAGGUGGCAGAUAGGGUGGAUGAAGGCCCAUUUGCACCAGGCGAAAUAAAUCUAGAGUCGUCAAGUCUUGUAGCCUCGAUUAUUAAUAACGACGGAGGGACCAAAACCCGUGCAUUCGUAGGAAGAGGCUCGACCUCUACAAGCCCAGCUUUGGAUUCAAAGUGCAACCCUAAAACUAUCCCACAUUCAAAACACAAGUCUCGCCGAAAAUCCCCUCCUCUCUCCAGCAAUGUGGAGGAGAAUCCGCUUACCUGGCAUGACUCGGAAAUCACAGGAUAUGCGCCAACGGAUCCGAAUGACGAUGGGUACGGGAUCAAUGGAAUCGGUUUCAAGCCCACGGCAGCGGUCGCCUGGGAGAGGUCGCAAAGAAGGGAGAAACAAGUGGCAGAAUGGAAAAGCCGUGAGGCAAGGGAAGCGAGGGAGAGGCGGAAAUCAAGACGGGAUGGGAUUACCGUUGAUCAGCAUGCGAAGAGUUCUGCUCAUAGCUGCAAAAGGGUCAGAUUUGACAUAGCUACGGAGGAUUAA